UAGAGCGGGGCGAGCGACAACUCGGCGCCGAAAUUGCGAGACGUGCAAUUGCCAGUUGCAACGAUCGGCGACGGACACACGAGUACAAACCAGCCGAGCGAGCCGUCUUCCUCGGACGAGCGCCAACUUCGAACGCGAUCGGCAAGUGCAAUGGACGCGGCCGCAAUAGAACAGCCAAGGAACGCCGAGGACUUCGAGUACGCGGUGCAGAUGACGAGGUGGCUGCUGCAACCACUGGGUAUCUGGCCUCUGAAGCCGAGCAGCAGGGUGGCGCUCGUUUUGCGGCCCGUUUCCGUCGGCGUCUGCGUCUUCCUCCUAGCUUUCCUGCUGGUGCCCUGUUGCCUGCACAUGUUCCUCAUAGAAAAAGACAUCGGGGUGCGCUUGAAAAUGAUAGGCCCGCUGAGCUUCUGCCUGAUGAACAUAUUCAAGUACCUGGCGAUGCUGGCGAAGAACGCAACGGUGGCCUCGUGCAUCGCGAACAUGGCGCGGGACUGGCACGAGGUCGCGUCCGCGGAGUACCGCAGAAUCUACCUGGAGAACGCCAAGACUGCGAGGCUUUUCACGACCGUCUGCGCGCUGUUCAUGUACGGCGGCGGUUUGCCAUACAGUACGAUCUUACCGUUGACGAGGGAAGCUAUCGUCCUUGGCAACCGCACUUUCAAUCAUCUGGCCUACCCUAGCUACUUCAUCUUCUUCAAUCCACACGUAAGGCCAAUUUACGACCUGGUAUUCGUCACGCAUUGCCUGUGCGGUUUCGUCAUGUACUCGGUGACUUGCGGCGUUUGCAGCAUCGCCAUUCUUUGCAUCAUGCACAUCUGCAGCCAGUGUAACGUCACCUCGGCGAUGCUGCAGGCACUCCCGAGUAGCCUCGACGAAAGAUCCUGCAGCGCGAUCGUCAGGCACCAUUUGCGAUCUUUGAGAUUUGCAUCGAAAUUAGAAGAGAUUCUUAACGAAAUGUGCAUAGUUGAGCUACUUGGCUGCACUUUCAACAUCUGCAUGCUUGGAUACUACUUUCUCACAGAGUACGAGCAGAGUGAAAUGAUUGGUACCAUAACGUAUUCUCUGCUACUGAUAUCGCUAACGUUCAAUAUCUUCAUCUUCUGCUACAUCGGCGAUCUUCUCACGGAGAACUGCCAAAGUCUAGGUGGAGUCGCGUACACGAUCGACUGGUAUGGUCUUGCCAGCGUGGAGGCCCGCAGCAUCAUAUUGAUAAUUGCAUCGACGCAACGCCCAGUCGUGCUUACCGCAGGAAAAAUGGUUACUCUCUCCAUUCAAAGCUUUUGCAAUGUAAAUCGGCGGUCAAAAUUUACCCCUGACAGUUUAUGCUUUUUCCGUCGAUGCAGCUUCGAUUCGUCUAAUUGUAGGUGGUCAAAGCUGCUGCCACGUACUUAAACAUGUUGCGGACUCUGAUGGCCAAUGAGAGCUACAAUUUUGAACGUAAUUGAAAGUUGCAGAAUGUACAAUGUGAUUUUGCAAUUAAAACAUUUUCACGUGCACCUUGUUGCUGUAUUUUUGAAUGGCGCACGUAGGAGCAGAACGUA